CUUUAGAGACGAAAGGUUUAACAGCACACAUUUAUACAUUGAUGAUACACAAGAAUGAGACUGACAAUGAGUCAUCAUUAUGCAAUGCGUCGUACAUUCUCCAGUAUACAUCGCAUACAUUUCAUUUGCAUGGUAUCUAUUCGCAACUUCUAAUUGUAAAGAAAAUAUUCAAGUAAAAGUAAAAACCGUAUGCAGGAAAUGUACGAUCGCGUAAUUGAAUCCAUACUGAUGAAAGAACUUAUCAUUCCAAUGUCUUAAACGGAGCGUUCGGUGAUUGUCAAAACUUUGUAAAAACAUUCGAUCUUCCGCAUCCGAUUUGCAUCUGUAUCCAGAGGUCAUAUCGGAGAAUAUGCUAAUGAUAUUAACAGAAUAUGCUAAUGAUAUAAAACAGAAACUAAAAUAGAAGUAGAUAGAGGCAUCGUUUAUGAUAAAAAUUUCUGCGUAACAGAAUGGCAUUACGUGUGCAAUUAUUUAAAUAUUAUCGAUAAGAGUAGCUAGAGUUAUUAUAUAUUUUUAAAUAGAAUUCUUUCGGUAUUAAUCACCAAACUAUUCUAAACAAAAUAUUUACAUAUAAAACGUUUAGAUUUAUUAUGUUGCUUAAUUAAUUGCUUAUGGUUAUUGCCAAGCUAAAUAUCUGGCAUUCGAACAUCACUUGAAACCUCCUUCACAUAAUUUAAGUUCUGAUGAUUUAAAUAUAUUCUUUAAAUAAUAAAUGAAUUGAAUUUUUAUUUUAAUGAAAAAUUAUUAGAUGAGAGAGAGAUUGGUUUAUCUGUCAUCGAGAAAACUCCACGAUGGUCUCGUAAGCGUUUACGUUUGCUUGAUGGCGCGUGGUACGCGCAUGCAAGGCAAAUCCAACGCUCACAGUCGACGUUGCGCUGGUGAAGCGGCGAGAUUGUAGAGAGAGAGAUCGGCAAGACCUGCUAACACCGAUAGUCAAUCGUGUGACUUUUUUAGUGUCUUUUCCGUACGACUUGUUCGUAAACCGUGAAAACCAUGAGUACCUCAAAAACGUCAACGGAGGAGGGGUUGCAGUACUUCAGACAAUCCCUGAAGUCAGAAGAAAUGGAUCAUCAAGGAACUCAUUUUGACAGACUUAUCCCACAUGUGUUUGUCAUCUUUGGAGCGUCUGGUGACCUUGCCAAGAAGAAAAUCUAUCCGACUCUCUGGUGGCUCUUCCGAGAUAAUCUUCUACCAAAACCCACCACUUUCGUUGGCUAUGCUAGAAGCAAAUUGACGAUACAACAACUGCGUGAGAAAUGUCAUCAAUAUAUGAAAGUGAAGUCAGAUGAGGCAGAGAAGUAUGAAGAAUUUUGGAAGCACAAUCAUUAUAUCGCUGGUUCCUACGAUCAGAAGAAAGACUUUGAACUACUGAAUCGUGAAUUACAAAAGUAUGAGCAAGGAAACACUGCGCACAGGCUGUUUUAUUUAGCCUUACCACCGAGCGUGUUCGAAUGCGUCACAGUACGCAUUCGACUUACCUGUAUGGCAGACAAAGGCUGGACGAGAAUUAUAAUCGAAAAACCGUUCGGCCACGAUGCCGACUCAUCGCAGAAGCUUUCCGAUCACUUGGCGACACUGUUCAGCGAAGAUCAAAUCUACCGUAUCGAUCACUAUCUUGGCAAGGAGAUGGUACAAAAUCUGAUGACUUUGAGAUUUGGAAACAGGGUGUUUAAUCCGACAUGGAAUCGGGACAACAUAGCCUCAGUGCAAAUCACAUUUAAAGAACCCUUCGGCACUCAGGGUAGAGGCGGCUAUUUCGACGAGUUCGGCAUCAUCAGGGAUGUGAUGCAAAAUCACUUGCUACAGAUUUUGUCCUUAGUAGCCAUGGAAAAACCCGCGUCCUGCGCACCGGACGACAUCAGAAACGAGAAGGUGAAGGUUCUCAGAUGUAUCAAAGAUCUACAACUCGAUCAGGUAGUCCUCGGUCAGUACGUCGGAGAUCAGGAUGCUGAGGAUCCAGAAGCACGUUUAGGCUAUUUGGAUGAUGCCACAGUACCAGCCGGUUCUAACACGCCGACAUUCGCGUUUGCAGUGCUAAAAAUAAACAACGAGAGAUGGGAUGGAGUACCAUUCAUGCUGAAAUGUGGAAAAGCUCUAAACGAAAGGAAAGCAGAAGUUAGAGUACAAUAUCAAGACGUACCGGGCGAUAUCUUUGAAGGAAAGGCGAAGAGAAACGAAUUGGUAAUAAGAGUACAACCGGGCGAAGCGUUGUAUAUUAAAAUGAUGACAAAAUCACCUGGCAUGACAUUCCACAUGGAAGAAACAGAAUUGGACUUCACCUAUGGUAGUAGAUACAAAGGUUGUAAAUUACCGGAUGCCUACGAGAGACUAAUUUUAGACGUUUUUUGCGGUUCACAAAUGCAUUUCGUGCGAAACGAUGAGUUACACGAAGCAUGGCGGAUAUUUACGCCGCUACUCCAUCAAAUUGAAAAAGAAAAGAUUCAGCCGAUUCCAUACAAGUAUGGCUGUCGAGGCCCAAAAGAAGCCGACGACAUGGCGAAGAAAAAUAAUUUCAUGUACUAUGGUUCGUACAAAUGGGUGAAACCGUGA